AAAAAGUAUUUCUUAUUUUAUCAAGUCCUGCGCCUCAAGGUCGCAAUAUUCAUUUUUUGGUGGUGGUACAAUUCGAGGUUUGAUCAACAAUUUGCAUUUUUUAUCAAUUUAUUUCGGAGUCUGCAUGAACAAAUUUUAAACAUUAUUCAUUCAUGCUUUCUCAUUAAUUAAAAUUAUGUCUACUCUUCGUUAUGAAUUAAUUUAUGCAACCAUAAAUAGAGCAGAUACAUUGAUAGAUGUUAAUAUUUAUAAUGAUAUACACAAACACUUUGAAAUUAAAAAACAAACCGUUCUUACUGAUAAAUUUCUUACAAAUGAUGAAAAAACUUAUGCAAUAAGAUUUUUAACUAAAGAUUAUGAUCGAGAUAAGGUUAUGGAUAAUGUUGGUACGAAAAGAAUUUGUGAAAAUUGUAACCAAGAAUGUUUGGCUACAUUAUAUUGUGAUCAUUGUAUUCGAAAUUAUUUAAAAAAAAAUUUUACAAAUUGGACGUCUGGAAAUGAUGAUAUUGAUAAUUUAAUACAGAAAUGUCAAAUGGAAGUACUUGCUCCAAAUAUGAUAGUGGAGUGGAUCCCAUACAGCAAUUUAAAAAAUAUUAAAUAUUUAAUAAAAGAUGAAUUUUCCGAAAUUUAUACAGCAGACUGGAUUGGUGGAAUAUAUGAUGAAUGGGAUUCUAAUAAAAAACAAUUAAAAAGAAUUGAAAGACCUGAAAUACAAAGUCCAUUGGUAAAAGUAGUGCUUAAAAAAUUAAUAAAUGUUAAAAGUGCAAGUAAAAGUUGGUUUGAAGAGGCUAAAUCAUACUUAACUAUAAGUAAUAAAAGGACAGAAAUUGUUCGAUGUUAUGGUUUAACACAAAAUCCAUUAAAUGAAAAUUAUAUGCUUGUGAUGGCGAAAAUGGAUAUAGAUUUAAGAAAAUAUUUGCAACAAAACCACGAAAAAGUUACAUGGAAAGAGAGAAUUAAAAUUGCUUAUGAAAUAGUUCUUACACUUUGUUAUAUUCAUAAAGAGAAAGUUAUACAUAGAGAUUUACAUUCUGGAAAUAUAUUAUAUUUACAAUUGAAUGAUUAUUGGUAUAUUGGUGAUCUUGGAUUUUAUGGACCUGCUGAUAAACCAUCAAAAAGUAUAUAUGGAAAUCUUCCUUAUAUAGCGCCCGAAGUUCUUAUUGGAGGAGAAUAUACUUUUGCAUCUGAUAUUUAUAGUAUUGCAAUUCUUAUGUGGGAAAUUUCAUCCGGACAACCACCAUUUAUAAAUUAUGAACAUGAUAAUGAUCUUGCAGUGAAUAUUAUCAAUGGUAUAAGACCAAAAAUUGUACCAGAAACUCCAUUAGAAUAUAAAGAUUUAAUGAAAGAAUGUUGGGAUUCCGAUCCAUCAAAAAGGCCUGAUGCUUUUACACUUUUGAAAAAAAUAGAAAAGAUUAAUUUUGAUUAUCAAAAUAUGUCAGAUGGAUUAUUCCAAUCAGAAAGCGAUAACUUAGAAAUAAGUAAGGCUAGUAAUUUAGAAACAAAUUAUACAAGUAGCAGACUAUUUACGAGUAAAAUUCAUAACUUUGAAAAUCUACCCGAACCAAGAAAUGCAACAGAAGAAGAACAAGAAGAAUUUCACAAUAAAUCAAAUGAUUCUAGCAUUCCUGAUGAUAUUAAUGAUCUUGACGGGUCAAAUAAGCAGAAUGGUAGAAGAUCAUCAAAAGUAGUUAAUAUUUUUAGAGCUGGCAGUAGAAGAUUAUCUAAAGUAUUUAAAAAGUUGCAAAUAAAUUCAAAUGAUGACGAAAAAGAAAUAAUUCAAAAAGAGCAAGAUAUUAAUAUUGAUGGUAGGUGAAAUUUAUAUAAUAAUAAAAUAAUUUUUUUUUUACUAUUUUUAAUUCUUGCUUAUUCAUUUUUCUUAUAG